UGUGUUGUUUACUAGAACGAGUUAAUUAAUAUGAUUUCCUAUCUAACACUUGCGGCCGUGGCAGUGACUCUGACUGUGCUGUGGAUACGAAAACGGUACGCUUACUGGAAGGAAAGAGGUAUAGCCUAUGUGAAACCUUCGUUUCCCUUCGGAAAUCUUUCUGCUGUUGGCAGAAAGGAGCACCUCUCAAGUGCCAUGAGAAAAUGCUAUAAGCAGUUAAAGGGACAUGGCCCUAUCGGAGGAAUUUUCUUUUUCAUUAAUCCCGUCGCAUUGAUAAUAGAUCUGGAUUUGAUCAAGAGUGUUCUGGUGAAGGAUUUUCAGUAUUUUCACGACCGAUUAAUAUAUCACAAUGAGCAAGAUGAUCCUCUUACCGGACACCUACUUGCUCUGGAAGGUACAAAGUGGAAGAACUUGAGAGCCAAGCUCACUCCUACUUUCACAUCCGGAAAGAUGAAAAUGAUGUUUCCGACAAUACUGGCGGUUGGGGAUGAGUUUCACAAAACGGUUGCUCGAGAGGUGACGAAAAGCAAAGAUCUUGAGAUGAAAGAUAUCUUGGCUCGAUUCACUACAGAUGUGAUCGGCACUUGUGCGUUCGGAUUGGAGUGCAACAGCCUACAGGAUCCGGAAGCUGAGUUCCGGCGAGUGGGCCGUAGGGUGAUCAACCUUUCUUUCAACAGACAAAUAAAGUUUUUCCUGGCUCAACAAUUCCGUACCAUUGCACGGCAGCUGCACGUUAAAAUUAUAGAUCCGGAAGUCACGCACUUUUUCUCUGACGCUGUUAAAAACACUAUCGAGUAUCGAGAGAAAAACAAUAUUGACAGGACAGAUUUCAUUAGCUUACUAAUAAAACUGAUGAAGGGAGAAUCAUUGGAAACAGAAGGGGCAAGCAGUAUGGGAACAUUAAGCUUGAGAGAAGCAACCGCCCAAGCGUUCGUGUUUUUCUUAGCCGGUUUCGAAACUUCUUCAUCAGCGAUGUCGUUUUGCCUGUAUGAAUUAGCUUUACGUCCUGAAUUGCAAGAGAAGGCUCGCAAAGAUGUUCUGGAAGCGAUCCGGAAACACGGCUCAAUCACAUACGAAGCGAUUCAAGAUAUGAAAUAUGUUGAUUAUUGUCUUAGUGAAUCAUUACGCAUGUAUCCACCUGUGAGUAAUUUAUUGCGAUCGGUCACUAAACCAUAUAAAGUUCCCGGUAGCAAUGUUACGCUGGAGCAAGGUUCAACUGUGAUUGUUCCACUGUAUGCUAUCCAUCACGAUCCGGAUUAUUUCCCAAAUCCAGAACAGUUCGAUCCGGAUCGUUUUACUCCGGAACAGACGGCAAAGCGAAAUCCUUACUGCUACAUGCCGUUCGGUGAGGGUCCACGAAACUGUAUUGGAAUGCGGUUUGGAUUGAUGCAAGCUCGAAUUGGAUUGGCGUUGUUACUGAACAGUUUUCAGUUCAGCCUAUCGAGCAAAACUUCCGUGCCGAUUAAGCUAGCUGCCAGCUCCGGUAUCCUCGCUUCUGAAGGUGGCCUGUGGCUUCACGUUGAAGAAUUAUAAUUGGAUAUGGUUCCUGUUUCUUCACUAUUUUCUAUAAAGGCAUCUCUAUGUUUUUCAAAACCGUAUUUUAACACAUAUCAAAACUGAAUGAAUAUUUCAACAUGUUAGUUUGAAUACUAAUUAACAGUACUAGUUAAUUUAAAAUGUCCAUUUUGAACAAAAAUUAUUAAUUUUGCCUUUUUCUUCUUAUAACGCCAUAUACUUACCUAUUAAAGAGACGUAGCCUUACUACUAAUGAUAGAAUAAGACCAUUACAAAUAUUUUAUAAAGUUUUUAACCUGCCGGUGU